UCGCUGGCAAAUAGAGUUACUUCCCCUGAAGAAAGCCGGAAGUACAGAAUCAUGGCGAACUUGGCAAGGAAGUGGAUAAUACUUUCUGUUAAAUAUAUUUUGGUGUUGGCGCUAUUACCGAGUUACACAGAUGCAAAGAGAACAAAGGAGAAGAUUUAUAUUGACCUUCAGACUCAAAAUGCUUGUUUCCGGUCUCUGAACGCCACCCACCAGAUUGGGUGUACAUCCUCCUCCGAGGGCAAUGUGGGCGUCCUGCACUACCUGGAGACACAGGACGACUACAGCUGGAUACUGAAGGAUGGCCCCAACCCUCCCUAUGUCGUCUUGAUGAACUCCCUCGAGUUUAACAGCUCUAACCUGGACAUGCUGGUGGCCUCGCAGCGAGUCAAUGGGAUACUGGUCAUCAACGUGCUGGAGAACCAGACCUUGACCCCAUUUCCUGGCCAGUUCUCCGCGGACAAGUCAUGUCCGAAUGAUGCAUAUGGCAUGUACCACAAGGACAAGGACUACAGCAACUGCAGGAAGCAGCAGUGGAACGUAGGGGGGACUGACAUUGGCAUGAUGUUCAAGGACUACAGCAUCCCCAUGUUCUCCCUGCCUAAUGAGGAAGAUGUCACCAAGCUCAUCAGCACGUGCUAUGAGAGAUUCAACCGGCCCAUAAAUGGCACGCCGCGCAACUACCCACUGUGUGCCGUCCAGCUGAACGACAGGAUGGACGCGGCCAAGGACUCCGUGACCUGUACCAGAAGGACGAACAGAAUCACCAAUCUGAGUAACCCUGUCCGAUACUGCGACCCUCUCGGAGACAAGAACAUUGUUGCCACCAUGAAGACUGUCAAUUCUACAGAACAGAGGCUGAACAAGUCUGUGAUAGUAUUCGCCACCAAGAUGGACUCUCUGGCCAUGUUUCACAACGAGUACCCAGCCUCGGACUCCACGGUGACGGGCAUUGUGACGGUCCUGGCUGUUGCUGAAGCUCUGGGUGCAACCAGACAGGAGAUCAAGGACACGCCCACUGCCAAGGACAUCAUGUUCACCUUGUUCCAAGGGGAGUCAUUCGACUACAUCGGCUCAAGUCGUAUGGUUUAUGACAUGGACUCCAACUCUACCCAGUUCCCCCAGGAGAUCAAUGAGAAGGUCGUGAGUCUCCAGGAGAUCCGACUUGACGACAUUCACAGCUUCGUGGAGGUCAGCCAGGUGGGGCUGCGAGAUCAGGGCAAGCUUUGGAUACACACCGACCCAAUCACUAGACCCAAGCUGCAGGAUCCCACUCAGCUGUCCGACAUGAUCCAGUCCCUCAAGUCCAUCGGGUUGGGGCUGGGUGUUGACCUUGCCAAUGUGACGGAGGAUACGCCGCUCCCCCCAGCCUCGGUCCAGAGGUUCCUGAUGAAGGCCAACAUUCCCGCCAUCGUCCUCACUGACCACGAGAAGCAGUUCACCAACAAGUACUACAACAGCCGCUUUGACCUUCCCUCUAAGAUUAAUGUGUCCGACCACGGCAACCAGUCGGACCCGUCGGACGACACACAGACUCAGUCUCUCACAGACCUAGCCACCACUCUUGCUCAAUUCCUGUACAAACUCUCGACUGGCAAGGACGCCCCCAGCUCUCUCAAGGCAAAUAAGGACACAGUGGAGAGUCUCCUCCAGUGCUUCCUCUACAACCAACACUGUGAGCUGUUCCGCAGAAGCAUCGACCCAGAUGAUGCCGAAAGUCUGGAGAAGGCCAAGAAGCCAUUCCCCUUCUAUGUGAGUGUGAAUGUGAACACUAACCAGGUGACUACCUUGACCCAUCACAUCCUGGCACAGUACCUGGGGGAGAAAGUCAACACUUCUAAAGACAGCUGUAAAGCUCCAGACAAUGAUAAGACACAUCAGUUUCUGUGGAUACAAGGAAACUUGAAACCCAAUGCAACUGACAACUCUCGAGUAGGAGCCUGUAUAAAGUCUACCACCAUGUUGACAACAGCUAAGUCUCCAGCGUUUGAUAUUGAUGACUAUGACUGGCUCUCAGGCACAUACUCUACAUGGACGGAGAGUGUAUGGGAACCUCUCAAAGUCAGGAUAUUCCUCGUCCCUAGUCAACAGUUCCAGGUUUUAACCCUUUGUGUUGGGAUAGCCAUUCUACUAGUCUCAAUGAUAGUAGUAUAUUUUGUCAACGGGAGCGCAGAUGUAAUAUUUAGCACUGGCUCGAGCCAGACGCCACAAAGUUGAUGAAAGAAUAUAAUACAACAACUUUGAGCCUUGGGGUUGUGAUCAUGUUGGUGUCUUUUGUCAUCGUGUACUUUAUCAAUGAGCAGUCGGAUAUACUGUUCACACACCCAACAUCUAAUAGAUAUUACACGUAUUGAAACUAGGUCAAGGUCAUCACCAACCCAAUUUAGUUCUCCACUGAGGUUGUCACGAUGGGUCAAGGUCAUCUUGAUUGCCUAGGUCACAUGUUGCCAUCUAUAUUUCCUUAACAAUGUUUAUGACUCAGUGAUGUUCAAACAGUUUAUGAACCAAAUUUGUUGUAGGCUGUAAGCCUUUUGUAAAACUCACUAGCCAUCAGAUGUAAGUUCAGAGGAACUGUGAAGCUUUAAUUCUCAAAGGUCACCCUGAAGGUCACUUGGCAUGCUUAGUAUGUUGAGGUAUGAUUACAUUAUUAUUAUUCACAAUAUUGUCGAUAAUUCAUAAGUUUGGCCUAAGUUAACAAUUUAAAUAUAUAUAUGUUAAUAUUAUUCGAGUUAGUGAACAAAUUUAGUAGUUAGAAGAAAAACCCAAGGUAGCUCAAUUUAGAAGUGAAAUACAACUUUUGUGCCUUUUUUUACCCUCUAUUCUCUUAUUUUUGUUUUAUUUCACUCUCCUGAGUAUACUGAAAGUUUGGGUAGCUCUUAAUAAGAGAGUUUUGUCCACUUUUACUUUUCUGUUAUUUCGACCAUGAACCCAAGAAAAUCUCUACCCAAGAAGAUGAAAGCUGCAUGUGAAUAGAUGACACAUUCAAGCAUUCACCAAUGACGAGCUGGUCCACAGCUGGUAGACUGGCUUACCUUGUGCAGUGUGCUAGCCAUGCUGUGGCCGGGGUCUGACAACUGUGUUGGAUGUUCUGUGCUGGGUGAUUGUGGACCUCUGCCAUGCUUGAAGUGACCCUGGGGAAUCUGGCAGUCCUGGGACUACAGCAGCCGUCAGGCACCAGGCAGGAGGAGCAGACAGUUAGCCGAGAUUAGGACUGUUUCAAAAGUCUGGCUUCUAUGAUUCAGAUCAGAAAUAUGCUUUUGGCCACACAUUUUUUAUUUUUCCAUUUCACGGCCGCCGCUACUGAAAAUUGGCCGGUCUAAGAAAUAAAUUAAACAUUAAGAUGUUUAUUGUCAUAUGUCUCCCACUAGUAAUAUAGACCCUCUUCUGCAAUAUUAAAUAUUAUAUAUGAAUUCCAUGUCUACAUCACUAUCAGGGAUUCAAGAGGCCAGCUGCAGUUUUAACUCCACAUCAGAAUGACAUUCAUAGAAAUAAAUGAAUAAAUGACAUUUAUUUUAUUUUAUAUUGGACUGACCUUGUGUGGAAAGCUGGAAUAAAUCCGUGAAACAUAAACUUAAAAGAGUGUGGCCUUAUGGUAAUGGUCUGUUUUUGAUUCUAAUAAAUAUCUAUGACUAAUGAUAACUGACAAUAAGUUUUCUCAAGUUCCAUAUCUUCCUAGAACAUUCCAGUCUUGUAGGGGGACCAUUUAGAAGUAGAGGUGUAGUCGUCGCUGUGUUGUCACCUGUGUUGGUGUAAGUGUGGCAGUCGGUGUGAGAAGUAAAGGCUGCACCCUUCUGUGGAAUUCAGUGGCACACAAAUACUCAAUGAUGAAAACUUUAACUUUCUUAUUGUCGUGAUGAUACAACCAACAGAAGAUAAGGGAUGCUGUAUUCCGUCAGCUCACCUCAUCCCCUUGCUACAAGUCAACAUUGAGGAUGCCUGCCAUAUAUAGUGAUGGUAAACUAGAGAUUGCUUGUAGUGACGAGGCAAGAGAGUUAACUGACUAUAAAAGCAUGUGCACCGCCAACUUGUGGUCGACAGAUAUUUCCCAAACCUUUUCAUGUUUUUAAUCAAGGUGCUCGCAUGAUUUGGUGCACUUCACAAUGUAAGAUCCGUUUUAUCUCAAUAUAGAUCUUGAUUAUCGAUCAGAUCAUCUUGACUGGGCACAGCCAUUUUGUUUGAAACAAAUGAUGGUGAUGGAAUCCGAUUGGUCCAUAGAAGAGGCUUAUUUACUCGUAAUAACCACUGGUGGCGCUACAAUCGAGCCCAGGAAUUCCAGCCUAGAUCAGCAAGGCUGGCAACUGGACUUUUAUAGUCAGUGCCUCUUGCCUCUUGCCUCAGGAAGAUGUAUUCCCUGCUGAGGUGAAGUUGUGACACUGCCAUCUUGCCAAACCAUCACCUGUGGAAGAAUUUACUUGACUUCUAAAAUGUUCUUGCCACAUAUAAUCUUGACUACAUCUAUAGAUACUGGUGUACACUUGCUGCGUAGUAGUCUGUGUUUGUCUCAGUGAGGAAUAAGCUCGGAAGACUCGCCAAUGUGUGUGUGGCCUUUGUUAUGUUACCACUUAUCAUGAAACAAGGUGCGAAAUCUUGAGUGCAUAAAUCAGAACAAACUAACUUAACUAGUCCUGCAAGUAAAACACAAACUGCUUGAUAGCAACAAUGUCUUUAACAGGUAGGGUCACAUUGAACAUGACCAAUUUCAAGCUAAAACAGUGCAAAAGAAGUAUUGCAGCUCAAGUAUCACGUUAUGUAUAGCCACACCGUGGUGCCGUGCUGAGGUUGGACGAUUCCGUUCAGAAGAGACGGGAGCAAGCCUUGGUUCAGGGCUUUGAAUUGUCACAUACUUGUGUGAGCAUGUCGCUUUCAUGGCCAAUGUGGCUCGAGUUGAUUGGCACUCCACGCUCACCUCUGUGAUAGUGACACAUAGGAUGGUGCUGACCAAUACAUGCAUGAGGUAGAAUACGGUGACACCUACAGUGUGUGGUAGUCAUGCAAGGAGCGGUGCCGGACCUCACACCACUACACUGGUGGCAUUCUCUUUGUGACUGUUGGUUGUACAUUCACCUUGAAAUGUGUGUCAAUCAAAUUGUAUUGAGUGCUGACAAGGUUGGGUUACACUGUAAAUAUCCUAGUUGUUGGAGAAACAAAAUACAUUGUGAUAUUAAUAGUUAUGACCCAGUGAUAUACCCCUGCUACUGCUGCUGUUUCUGUUAAAACAAUGUGUAAUAUACAAAAGAAAAUGUAGAUCAUCAUUUGAGUUUUAUUUGGGGGCGCUUAAGAUUACUUUUUACAGAUUGGUCUAGAAGUUGGUCGUGGGCGCUUAAUAUGGAGAAUACAAUAGAUUUAUAUGUACACAUGAUUUCAGUUACUUUUCGUUAAGAAUAAAAAAUUCAGACUAUAUUUUCCUGAUCAAGUUAUGUUUAAGGUUUAUAUAUCAACAAGAUUAAACAAGAAAUAGUUUAUUCCAGAAAUGAUGAUAGCAUCGGGAUGUUGGGACUUUCCUAGAAGUGUUGAUAGUGUGUUGUAUAAUGUCCUCCUGUGUUCCUCCUUGUGGAGGACAUGUCAGUGAAGGUGGACAGAUUGAAUACUUAACUGCUUCAGCUUGAUGUUUCUUUUUCUUUGCACAAAACAUUGUAUUGUAAACACUGAUUUCUGUUGACACAUUUGAAUGCUGGUGAUUGUGUUGUCAUAGCAACAAGUGUUGACCUAAGUAUAUUAAAUAACAGCGCAUUGUCUGUGUCCGAUGAAGUCGUCAGGCUUGUAUUUUUAUCACACAAUCUUACUUUUUAUUUCAUUGACAAUCGUGGGAAGAAAAAUAUUUUUCAUAAAGUGUGCAUGAGGUUUACUCAUUGUGUACGAGACCCGUGAAGAUACGGGUAGAACAGGUCUUCAGCAACCCAUGCUUGUCUUAAGAGGCGACUAACAGGAUCGGGUGGUCAGACUCACUGACUUGGUUGAUGCAUGUCAUCUUAUUUCAAUUGCAUGGAUCGAUGCUCAUGACAUUAAUCACUGGUCCAGACUCGAUUAUUUACAGACCAUCGUCAUAUAGCUGAAAUAUUGCUGAAUGCGGCGUUAAACAACAAACAAACAUUAUGUACCACUAGUAUGGCGGUGUGUUUGUCACGUGAUGGAACUUGUAAAUAUAUUUCAUGGAAACUGCAGCUUAUUGUUUUCAAACUUUCAUACAUAAUUUUAUUUUCAUCUUUUAGUUGCAUACACAGAUUUCUUUGAUCAUUUCUCUUACUGUAUUUUAUUUUAUUAUAAUACUCAUAAAUGUGCCAAGGUUUAGUGAUCUAUUUAAAAACAUUUUUGGUGCGUGAUUUUAAUAUUGUCUGCUAACACCUUGUGGCUAUGAGAUCAGAAAUAAGUAUUUUGUUAAAAUGAUUAUAUUGUCAUGGGCAAUAAGAAAGUAAAACAUGCAUCAUGAUUGAAUUUCUUUCCUGGUUAAUGCCAGAACAGCUGUAGAGAAUCCAUUGUCACCAAUUUGUAUUGUCUUGUCUGGUGUGUGGACAUGUAGGUUGUACAUUUUAUCACAGAAUGGAAACAUUCUAAAAUACCUUAUCUCAUAAACAAUAUAAUAAAAUAUGCCUGAUCAAAAUUAUUUUGUUUGCUUGGCUGCAAAUUAUAUUUGAGUGAAUCAUUGUCAAGUGACAAGUGAGUGUUGAGUGGAGAAUGGUUGAACCAUGUUCUUGUACAUUCCAGCAUUCAGCUAUGUCAUUACAUCUUUAAAUUAAACAUCUCACAUAUGUAUAUAUUUUUUGCCAUUAAAGUGUAUGAAUCAUUGUUGAAAUCCAUUUUGUCAUGACAAGUCACUGGAUCGUCUUCAUACUAUUUGUGUUGCCAUGGAUUUAAGAAAAGAGUUUAACUGAAUGUCUCUCAUUGUUAAAUGACAGUGUAUAUGUAUUGGUUUUGUUGUGUUAUUAUGUAUUGGUUUGUAUUGUAGUAAUUUUAUGUCAGGCUUUGUUUAAAGUUAUGUUUUCAAUUACCAGAAUGUGUUUUGCUAUUCAGCUUAUUUAUCGAAUAUAUGAAGUAGUAGAAUUUUCAUUGUAUUUAUGAUUAUUACACUAAUGACUAGUCUAAGAAUCUUUCUUGGUUGAUUUUUUUCAAAUGAAAAGAAAAGAAAAGUAUUUUUCUUUAAUCAGGUUCAAAGGAACUAAUUUAGAUGGCGAUGUUUCAGUGGAAGCAGAGUGACAGCUUCAUGGUGCUGGGGUUCUUAUCAGAGAGAUGCUGACCAAGAUUGAAGCUUGGGGUUAAAAAAGAGUAAUUUAAUGAGAAAAAGAGUAUUGUUAAUAGUACCAUUAUGCAGGUUUUCGUUUCGACCUUAUCGUUAGGCCUGGAUGUACUUGAAACAUUUGUACAUGCAUAGAUGCUACUAAUAUAGCCCCAUGUGACAGCAUCACUAUUUGAAAACUCUUUGGUAAUUAAAAAUUACAUUUACUUAUGAAACAUUUAUUUCAAGCUGUUAUUUAAUAACUGUAUUGCAGAAAUACAAUGAGUUGUUUUUAGUUUGAGUGUAAAUGCAAUUAGUUCCCUCUGGAUUGCUUCACAUGACUGGUGCAUUAACAAUUUGCUCUCCGUGAUAUUUUAAGCAUGUAAUUAAUUUGUUGACAAAAUUUCAAAAAUCAAUAUUUGAGGACAAGUGUUAUUAUAGACCCUAAGUCUAAUUAUUAUGCCAAAAGCGUAAUGGUUUGUAUAUCUGCUAUAGUAAUGGUACUUGAAAUUAGGGAUCUACUUAUUUCGAAUCUUUAAACAUCUGUAACUGUUUCUACACAUACGGUUAUGGCUUCCAUGCUUAAAUUUCAAACAGUUUCAUGUUAUGUAAAUUAGUUUCUCAUUAUGUAUACCUUAUGUCUAUUUUGUACGUGAUCAUGUGUAAAUAUCACAUUUUAUGGAACAAAAAAAUUCUCAUGUAAAUAAAAUAUCACAUUGUC